AUGCGCGUCCUCGUCAUUGGCGGAAGUGGCCGGUGCGGCAAACUGGUCAUUGACGAACUACUCCGUCGCGGCCACCAAGUCACCACACUAGCCCGCAAGCCCGAUGCCCUAGGUAGCGCACGCGCCGGGCUAACCAUCAUACAAGGCACGCCCACCAACCUCGACGACGUGCGCAAGGCCUUCCAACCCGACCCUCCCAGUGUGGUCAUCGUCACCCUCAACGCCCCCCGCGCCAGCGACAGUCCCUUCGCGGCCCCGAUCUCCCCCCCACGACUCAUGACCGACUGCAACGCCAACGUAAUCACCGCCAUGAAAGAAUUCCACGUCCGCAAGACGGUCAUCCUGCAAGCCUUCGGGGUGGGCGAGUCCUGGACCAACAUGCACUGCGUACUGCGCCUGCUGAUGAAGAAAUCCAACAUGUCGUAUCAAUACGAUGACCAUAAUGCAACGGAGCGGGCGGUGACGGCCAGCGGAGUGGAGUAUGUACUGGUGCGGCCGUCCCGGCUGGUCGAGUCGGAGGAGACACUCCCGGUCAAGGUGUGGCCGGAGCAUGGGCGGGGCGUGCCCCUGAUGGCCAGUACGAGUCGGCGGAGUGUGGCGCGGUGGUUGGUGGAUGCGGCGGAGGGGACGGAAUGGGAUCAUACCGCGCCGGUGAUUACGAAUUAG